UCCUGUUUUGCUCUUGCACUUCCAACGUGACUGCUAGGAUCUCUUCUUUAAAGCUGCUGCCCUCACUCUUGAGCAUCGAAGCUACUGAAUCUGACAGGCAUCACGGAUAAUACUCUUUGUCUAGCCACGAUCAAAAACAUGGACAUCGGGCAUUCAACAAUUACCCAAGUCAUGGUGGAGGAACCGGCGGAAUAUCAGAAAGAAUCUUCAUUCUCCCUCAUACAACAUGAUCUCUUUGAGAUAACACUGAACGGUCCCGCUUUAGUUUUGACCAUACUGGCCAUCAUUAUCAGCAUUCAAAUACUUCAACCAUCCUUCACAUGCACUCUACUUGCCCUGGCUCCCCUCCCCUGGAUCAUCCAUAAUGACUAUCAAAACUUCAUCAAUCUAGGACCAGGUGGCACACCCUCAACUUUCCUCGGAUACCUCAAGAUUGCCUUCCUCCGCAUGUUCGCCUUGUCAGAUCCCUAUACGCCAGCCAUCAUUUCGGAGAAGAUAUAUCCCAUCAUCGGCUACUACCAAAAAUCUCACUCUUGGCUACCGGAACGUGCGGGACCACGUCCCAAGAUCGCAGGAAUCGCUCCUCAGCGUCAGAUCGACCAGGCUGGCUGUCCAGAGAUGUAUCAGAAACUUCGUCAAACUCUCGAAAGACUAGCAUUGCAGCAGCCAGACUCGUUUCGAACGGCAAUGUCCUGCUUCGAGAAGAAAGGACUGGCCCUCUUUGCACAAAAGCCUAUCAAUGAGACUUGCAGAGGAGAGAUCUGUCACGUUCACCACAGCGACCGAAGCAUGCACAUGAACCUGCAUCCGGAUGAUGCUAAGAUCGUCCUGGAGAAGGGAUGGGGUGAGCGACAUCCACUCGCAAGAGGUGGCUGGAUGAAGCAGUAUGUCCCCCGCGAAUUCCUCAUGAUCUAUGCACCAAGAAAUCGAUCGGAACUGGAUGUGGUGUGUCGAAUUAUCGAGGCCGCGGGGUUCUGGGUCUCUGGAGAACAUUUUAAGCUGAAGGUCGAAAAUGAGCCAACCUCGAGCAAGAACACUACGCUCUGAACGUGCCGAAUGGACGUAGCAGGAGUCGAAUCGAAAACGAAAGCUAGGUGGUUGAGCAGUUAUAAAAUCUGAGCGUAGCGUUGAUUUCUUGGUUUGGUAACUUCCUUUCAGCGUACGGAGUUACUCGCAAGCGGUGCUUUAUGAAAUAGUCAAAAAUGUCGUCCCUACCAACCUGACCAAAGUUUGUACG